AUGGAGAAGAGUGCUGAGGAGCUGAACCUCUCGUUCCUGCUGGAGCAUGAGAGAGAGAUGAUCCUCAGUGUCCUGCAGAAGGACGAGAAACUGAGGAAGAGAGAGGAGAAGAGGAUACGGAAGCUGAAGAAUGAGCUGGUGGAGAUUAGGCGUAAGGGUUCACGCUGCCCCCAGGAGGUUGGGGAGCGUCAAUGUGCCCGCUGCCUGAAGGGCCUGGGCCUGAUCUUCGACCGUGGGGAGCUCUGUGAGGAGUGCCUACUGCGUGUCUGCAGCGACUGCCGCGUAAUGCCCCCUAAAGGAAAGCAGUGGAAGUGCUCCAUCUGCUCCAAAGUCUCAGAGCUGAAGGUAGUGACCGGGGAGUGGUUCCUGGAGGAGCGGUCCAAGCGGUUUGACCAGGGUGCGGUGCUCAGCAGUGAUGUUGUCAAACAGUCUAUCAUGAGCAGCACCGCUGGAAGCCCCCACACGAAGUCUCCAGCGCCAGGUCACACAAUCCACACACCUGAGAGGCCUGACACGUCCAAAUCAGGAAGAAGCGCCGUAAGGAACCUGGUGGAUGGUGCCAAGAGGAAAGGGAAAGGGAUGCGGAUGGAAAAGAGGGGCAGCCGUCCCAGCCUGAAGCCAGAAAACGAGGUGGACGGUGGUAGUGUGUGUCCUCCUGUUCUCGACACAGACCCAUGCAGCAUACGCAGCGCCCGGUCUGCACCACGCUCCACAACCCGCUCUGCACCUCACUCACACAGGGGUAGUGCUGUGGCUCUGGAGACCUUAGGGUUCCCUACUGUACCCAACAACCGGCGCUCCGAAACCCUGGAGAGGGACAGGUCCCCUACACCCAGCAGCAAGACCAGGAGGCCGGACGGAGCAGAGAGCGUGGCUAGUUUCCACUCCAGCGACAGCGUGUUUGACAAGAUGGCCGAAACCGUCACCAGGCAUGGCAGGACGGAGCCUGGCACCGCCACCCCCACCAUCGCUGUCUCCAGGGCCUCCGUGUCUUCAGAUCGUAGUCGUUCUGAGGUGGACCUGUCUGUGCCUGGUUCUGCCAGUGAUGAGGCCCUCAGUCUGAGGAGCCACUCUGUUCCUGGGCUCAAUGACACGUUUAAUAAUGCUGAGAAAGACGAGGACAUCGAUGCUCUGAUGUCGGCACACAGCAAGGCCACCAGCCGACGCGUGAGCAACGCUAUGUCCACGUCUUCUACUCCUGGCUCAGAGAGAAAAUGGGGCUACCUCAGUCUCCCUGGCGACUCGGACGCAGAGACUAGCAGUCUGAACAGUAUGAUGAGUAUGUACAGUGAGACCGGUGACUAUGGCAACGCCAACGUGAGUGGGGAGCUGCUGUUGAACAUCAGCUACAGCUAUAAGACAGGCGCUCUUAACGUCCUGGUGAAGGAGUGUCGCAACCUGGCCACUGGGGAUGAGAGGAAGCAACGCACAGACGCCUAUGUGAAGGCUUACCUUCUCCCAGACAAGUCUCGCCAGAGCAAGAGGAAGACCAGCAUCAAGACCAACACAAUCAACCCUGUGUUCAAUGAGAACCUUAGGUAUGUGAUCAGCCACUCCCAGUUGGAGACACGGACAUUGCAGCUGUCUGUGUGGCACCACGACCGCUUCGGUCACAACAGCUUCCUUGGGGAGGUGGAGCUGACCUUUGACUCCUGGGAGUUUGACACUAACAUGGAGGAGUGGUACUCUCUGCAACCCAAGCUGGACAGUAGAAUGGACUCCACGCUCCAGUAUAAAGGGGAGCUAACCGUCGUUCUUAAGUACAUCCCUGCAGAGAAGAACCUCAUGCUACCCCUGGACCAGGUCCAAGUGAAGAAAGGCUUUCUGAAAGGAAAGAAGACCAGCAUCAAGCUGCCCAAAGGAGGAAUGGUGGAGCUGCUGGUCAAGGAGGCCAAGAACCUGACCGCUGUCAAGUCUGGAGGCACCUCGGACCCCUUUGUGAAAGGGUACCUGCUCCCUGACAACAGUAAGUCCACCAAGCACAAGACGGCGGUGUUGCGUCGCACGGUCAACCCCCAGUGGAACCACACCUUUACCUACUGUGGCCUGCAGGCUGGAGACCUGAACAACGUGUGUCUGGAGCUCACAGUCUGGGACAAGGAGGCUCUGGCCAGCAACGUCUUCCUGGGGGGAGUCCGACUCAACGGAGGGACAGGUCUGUCUAGCUAUGGGAACCAGGUGGACUGGAUGGACUCAUACGGAGAGGAACAGCGGCUAUGGCAACGCAUGAUUGACAACCCAGAGGUCCCCCAGGAGUGUACACUGAUGCUGAGGUCCAGCAUGUGCAAGCACAACACAUGA